AUUAUAUUUAUGUAGCCUAAUCAAAAUCAAGCUCCGAUUCCAGGAUCGGUUGAGAUCAUUAAAGACAAACUCUAUUGGAUUUCUGAUCGCCAAGCCCCAAGAAAUCAGCCAAAUGCAUUCUAUUUUUGCAUUGAUCAGGAUCUUGUGUACGAGCCCUUUUUUGCAGAUUUCGGUCCAUUGAAUUUAGGCCACACUUACAGAUUCGUGACUGAAUUGGAGAAAUUGCUUAGUGAUAGGACAUAUCAACAAUAUGCCAUCUAUCACUAUACAAGUUUGGAUAGUGCUAAAAGAGCCAAUGCUGCCUAUUUGAUGGGUGCCUUUCAAGUGAUCAUCUUGAAAUUGAGUGCAGACGAUGCAUGGAAACCAUUCCAAUCCGUAAAGCCCGCUUUUCAAGAUUUCAGAGAUGCAAGUUACGGAUAAUGUACUUAUAAAUGCACGAUUUUACAUUGUUUGAGAGGCUUGGAAUAUGCAAUUAAAUUGAAAUGGUUCGAUGUUAGGAAAUUCAAUCUUAGAGAUUAUGAAUUUUAUGAAAGAGUCGAGAAUGGAGAUUUAAAUUGGAUUGUUCCCAAUAAAUUCAUAGCCUUCUCAGGGCCAUCUGCAACAUAGAAAGACGCUGAUGGAAAUCGUACAUUCACUCCUGAAGAAUAUGUGCCCAUCUUCAAGUAAUUUGGAGUGACUUGUGUUGUCAGAUUGAAUAAGAAGGCUUAUGAGGAGUAAAGAUUUAUAAAAAAUGGCAUAAAACAUGAAGAAAUCUACUUUCUAGAUGGAUCAGUCCCAGGAGAUGAUAAGAUUUUGAGAUUCCUUGAGAUAGCUGAAAAAGAGAAUGUGGUGGCUGUACAUUGUAAAGCAGGAUUGGGUAGAACAGGAACAUUGAUUGCAGCAUAUGUGAUCAAACAUUAUAGAUUCCCUGCUCCAGAUUUUAUAGGUUGGAUCCGUAUUUGUAGACCAGGAAGUAUUUUGGGACCAUAACAAAUCUUCUUACUACAAAAACAAAAUUGGUUAAUCAGUUUAGGAAAGGACUCUCAAAUAUGGAAUCAAGUUAAGUAAAUUGCAGCCGAAGUCAACAUAGAAAAGAGAUUGAAGGAUCUGUAAUUAGGACCGAUGAGUGAGGCCGAUAAGAGCAAGGCAGAAAAAGGUGAUUAAGAUUAGGCUUAAACAUUGAAUAAAGCAAAACUAAUGAAUUAAACCUCAAAUUCACCUGGUUUGAAAAAAUGAAAGAAUAAUAAUAAUGUUAUUAAAUAAAUUUAGCCUAUCCUAAAU